GGGAUGUACUACAAACUAUAAACACCCAAAUUACGCUGAAGCACAAACAUCCUUCUGUUACAAUGGCGGUAACUUUCAACCCAGCAUUCUCACGCUCCUCAGCCUCCACCCUCUCUCUUUCACCGCCGCGGCGACUCAGCUCUCUCAUAAAAACCGAUUUUGUGAAAUCUCAGCUCCGCCUUUUCUCGCCAGCUUUGAAGCUUCGUGCUACAACUACAAGCACGAGAAUAUCUCAGCUCCGCCAUUUUUCUCCACUAAUUCCUGCUUUGAAGCUUCCUGUUACGAUCACGAGAACGAAUUCUACUACAUUCUGUUUCACGAACAGCACCCCCGACGAAUCAGUUGAGAAAGACGAUGAAUUAAACUGGCAAGUAUUGAAACGGUGGAAUGUGCCAUGGAAUUGGCAAAGAGUCUCACUGACCUCACUUGCAUGUGUAUUGAGUUUGCAUUCGACAGUACUGAUUGGAGUAGUAGCCGUAGCAUAUUCAGGGAUUAACAUUCAUGAGUUAAGUCCGGAUGGAAUGGCAGGAAUUGGUUUCGUGGGUUAUGGCAUUGUAACUGCAGUGGUUCUCGCAGUUCUGUUUAGUCUGACCAAGUCGUUUUCCCCUAUUACUGAAGACAUAUAUCAAUAUGAUUUGCGAGAGCCUUUCGAUAUUAAGAAAGGUUGGUUGUUAUGGGCUGGAAUUGGCUACGUUGGAGCUGUAGCUGCACUUGUUCUGACAGUAGCCGCAAUGUCUUUUUUCAAUUUUAAUCCACGGAGAGGGUCGGAUUCUCUCAUGAUCUUGCUUCCAAUGAUUGGAUCUUCAACUUUCAGCACUGCCUGUGUGGUGGGUAUGAUAGGUGUACUUACUCCCGUUCUUGAGGAGACCGUCUUUAGAGGGUUUCUUAUGGUGUCCCUAACCAAAUGGUUGCCCACACCACUUUCUGUGCUUCUUAGUGCUGCCGUAUUUGCAUUAGCACAUUUCACUCCUGGACGAUUUCCACAGCUCUUUGUUGGUGGAAUUGUUUUCGGGUUCUCUUAUGCUCAAACGCGCAACCUUCUAACACCAAUCACAAUCCACGCCUUUUGGAAUACCGGGAUUGUCUUACUUCUCACCUUCCUUCAGCUCAAAGGAUAUGAUAUCAAGAAAAUGUUACAAGGUCGUUGAUUCAUUCGGAUGGGUCGAAGUAUAUCUGAACCAGGUAGUAUAAAAUCCAUCGGCUUCUUUGCCACGCUAAUUCAUCCUAGAAUAUAGCGUAUACAAUUUAUGAAUAUAUAUAUA